GGAAAGGGAAAGGCGAUGGCGGAAGCUUCUAGAACCUCGGAGGCGCGCCGCGACGCCGUGUUCGGGCGCUGGGUCAUCUUCUCGCCGGCGCGCUCGCGCCGCCCCACCGACCUCAAGUCCCACGGCCCCGCGAAUCCCAGCCCCGGCCCCGCCGACGGCAACGCCCCCAAGCCCUCCUGCCCCUUCUGCCUCGGCCGCGAGUCCGAGUGCGCCCCGGAGAUAUUCCGCGUGCCGGCGCCCGACGCGUCGUCGCCGUGGCGGAUCCGCGUGAUCGAGAACCUGUUCCCGGCGCUGCGGCGCGACGUGGAGCCGCCGGCGCCGGAGGAGGGGCAGGAGCCCGUCGGCGCGGGGGAGUGCGCCGUGCGGGGGUUCGGGUUCCACGACGUGGUCAUCGAGACGCCGCGCCACGACGUGCGGCUCUGGGACCUGGACGCGGAGGGGGUCGGCGACGUCCUGCUCGCCUACGCGCGUCGGGUGCGGCAGCUAUCUGAACAUCCAGCGGUGAAGUAUGUUCAGGUGUUUAAGAACCACGGGGCAUCUGCUGGAGCUUCAAUGGCACAUUCACACAGCCAGAUGAUUGGAACUCCUUUUGUCCCUCCAUCAGUUACCUCCCGGCUUAACUGCAUGAAGGAGGUUUUUGAGAGGUCGGGAAAGUGCAGCCUUUGUGAGAUUCAGUGCAAGGAUAUCUUGGUCAGCGAGACACGGAAUUUUUCUGCAAUUGUUCCCUUUGCAGCAUCUUAUCCAUUUGAGAUAUGGAUCAUUCCUCGGGAACAUAGCUCCUUUUUCCAUGAAAUAGAUCAGGAUAAGGUAUUGGAUCUGGGGUCUCUGUUGAAAAACAUACUGGAAAAGCUGUGCAAGCAGCUCAAUGAUCCGCCGUUCAACUAUAUGAUCCACAGUGCGCCAUUUGGACUCUCCUCAUCCUGCAUGCCUUACACACACUGGUUCCUCCAGAUAGUGCCGCAGUUGAGUGUAACUGGUGGAUUUGAGAUGGGAAGCGGGUGCUACAUCAACCCAGUUUUCCCUGACGAUGCAGCGAAGAUCCUAAGGGAAAUCGACUGCUCAAUAUAGCUCUGAUUUAUUUCUCUGUCAUGCUGGAACUACGGUUGUGUUGUCCCUCUAUAGUGUUAUUUUUUCCGAAGAUAAUUGGUACUACAUUGCUAAUAAUCUGAGUGCACAGUUAACAUGAUACGUGUUACUGAGAGAAUGUGAUCAAACUUGAAGUUCUUAACCCUGCAAGUGCUUUUCUGGUGGAGUUUGUAUUUCUUCACCUGGAACUGGAAGGGUGGUCUCGAAUUCAGAAUUUUCCUGAGCAGUGUUCGUCUUCCAAGUUGUU